AUGUCUCGUGAAGAUAGAACCGAUGGAGUUUUUAUGUCCUUGGCUCAAAACUUGGAUGGUGGAGUUCCCGAGCUCAUAGACUGUCUCUUUAGUUUCUUGAGUAGGAAGACUGACUUCUUUACCCAGCCACAACAAGCUCAAAAGAUUCUACUGGAGGCUUACAACAAAUACACGCAAGCCGCGAAAGACGUGAGUAUUCAAAAUAUUUUUUCUUAUUAAAGUUUAAAGGGUAAAACCAGACCACAUUAUACAUAUUUCUAGUCGGAGGAAGAGAAACGCAAGAAGAAAGAGGCCGAUGAGGAACGCCUAAAGCAGAAGCGGAUUGCGGAACAGAAAAAGAUAGAGGAAGCCAUUGCUAAACAAAAAGAAGAGAAGCCAAUAAUGCCAAGUCCACCAGAAUCAUCAGAACAGAAGAGUGAAGAUAAUGAAGAAGAAGAUCCCGCCGACAAAGGGAAACUGGCCCCGAAUUCCGGCAAUGGAUGUGAUCUCCCGAACUAUCAGUGGACCCAAACUUUGGAUGAAGUUGAGGUAAGAUUAAUAGUUGCUUUUCAUAGUUGUUAAAUUAGAUUGUAAUCCCUCUUCGAGCCGGUGUCCCAUUGAAAUCCAAAGAUGUGGCUGUUGAAAUCAAGAAACGUCAUCUUAAGGUUGGUGUCAAAGGUAAAGAAUUGAUCAUUGAUGGUGAUUUAUAUGACGAAAUCAAGGCCGAAGAGGCUCAAUGGAUCCUUCAGGACUCAAAGGAUGUUGUGGUUACACUUGAGAAGGUUCGUUGGUUCUUUUUUAUCGAUAUCAUUCUUAUAACAAGUUAUAUUAUGUAUGGUUUCAGAUCAAAGGUAUGACUUGGUGGUCUCGUUUGAUCACCACAGAUCCCGAAAUUAACACAAAGAAGGUCCAACCGGAGAAUUCGAAGCUGUCUGAUCUGGAUGGAGAGACUCGGCAGAUGGUGGAGAAGAUGAUGUACGAUCAGAGACAGAAGGAAAUGGGCCUUCCCACCUCUGAAGAGAAGAAAAAGCAAGAUAUCCUCAAGAAAUUCAUGGAACAACACCCUGAAAUGGACUUCUCCAAUGCCAAGAUACAGUAA